AUUCUACUGGGAAACUCGGCAGAAACAAAGAGAAAAAGAAGCGAAAAAAAUUGGCUGGGUGGUUUGAUAUCGAGGAAAAGAAUCAUCUGAAGACAUACCCAUUAGGUCCACCAUCACCGCGUAAUUCAACAUGGAAUGGUACAUUGAGUAUCGUAUCAAAAUGCUACGAAAAGGAAUGUCAGCAUAUGCUACGCGCAAAUAUUCACGACUGGAUUUUGAUUAUUACAUGAAGUCGAACCAAGUAAAUGAUAACAUCGCCGUGACAGUGACCAACAACGAGCCGUCAAUAAUUGUAUUUGGUGCAUCGGAGAUGCCACCCAAUCGGCCAUUUGGUUUGAAGAGACGGAAAAGAUGUCCAGGAUCUCGGAAAUUUUUGGUGAGCGUCAAGAAACUUGGCCAUUCAGUGGUGAAAAUGGAAGAUGAAUGGGGAACAUCACAAACAUGCGCGAAUUGCCAAGAACGAUUUCCAGCGAACACAAAACCGCAUCGAUUCAAAGUGUGCUACGGUUGCAAAGCGAAACCGAUUGCUGGACUACCGGACUCAGUCGCUAGUCUACCAGAUAUAAUUGUGGCAACGGUUAGCAAACGUGCUUUGCAAAAGGGACGAAAGGAAAUUAAGCGUCGAAUUCGCAAUGGCAAUUAUCAGGAUGUGGACGAAAUAAUUCGGAAUGGGCGUUUAAUGUCAAAGGUUAAAGUUACCUACAAAAAUUGGCCAUUAAAUGUUCAGGGUGAUGUUGCUGCUCCACAGACAGUUGUUUGGCACCGCGAUAUUGUUGCUGCAAAAUGCAUUAUGCUCAAAGGACUUUGUCGGAUGUUUGGCGUACUAGUGCCUGAUUCGUUGAGAAGACCACCAAACAAUGUCAACUGACAGCAGCACUGAAUCCAUAAAUUUGUGUUACACAAAGCUAGGGAAGGAGCCCGUAGCCAGAUCAAAUCAAUUUGUCCAAACAAUGCCGAAUCUACACAAUUCAAAUCAUUUGUAAAAAUAAUAAUAUUCGUAAUCUUCGGUGUUGGAAUAAUUUUUUUAUUAAAUAAAACGUUUAUUCUCUAUAGUA